AAUCGCGUGUGAGCCCCGGGCAUGCCCCUAACCAAGAUGGCGAGGGCGGCCUCGGUGAGGGCAGGCUGAUUCAACACCCGAGCCCGCCGCGGACAGCCCAGGCAGUGGCAGCGGCGUGGCCCGACCAUGGAGGAGGGCGGCAGCGCGGGCAGCGGUGGCAGCGACGGCAGCACCAGCGGGAGCGGCGGGGCGCAGCAGCGGGAGCUGGAGCGCAUGGCUGAGGUGCUGGUCACCGGGGAGCAGCUACGGCUCAGGCUGCAUGAAGAGAAGGUUAUUAAAGAUAGAAGACAUCAUCUCAAGACCUACCCAAACUGUUUUGUCGCAAAAGAACUGAUUGACUGGUUGAUUGAGCACAAAGAGGCUUCUGACAGAGAGACUGCAAUUAAACUCAUGCAGAAAUUAGCAGACCGGGGCAUUAUUCAUCAUGUGUGUGAUGAGCAUAAGGAAUUCAAGGAUGUCAAGCUCUUCUACCGCUUUAGAAAGGAUGAUGGCACCUUCCCGUUGGACAACGAAGUGAAGGCCUUCAUGCGAGGCCAGAGGCUUUAUGAGAAGCUGAUGAGCCCUGAAAGCACACUCCUGCAACCCAGGGAAGAGGAAGGUGUCAAAUAUGAGCGCACAUUCAUGGCAUCUGAGUUCCUGGAUUGGCUGGUCCAGGAGGGUGAGGCUACCACAAGGAAAGAGGCAGAGCAGCUGUGCCAGCGGCUUAUGGAGCAUGGCAUCAUCCAGCAUGUGUCCAACAAGCACCCAUUUGUGGACAGCAAUCUUCUCUACCAGUUCAGAAUGAACUUCCGUCGGAGGCGAAGGCUGAUGGAGCUGCUCAAUGAGAAAUCUCCCUCAUCCCAGGAGACGCACGACAGCCCCUUCUGCCUGCGGAAGCAGGGCCAUGACAAUCGGAAAUCUACCAGCUUUAUGUCCGUCAGCCCCAGCAAGGAGAUCAAGAUCGUGUCUGCAGUGAGGAGGAGCAGCAUGAGCAGCUGUGGCAGCAGUGGCUACUUCAGCAGCAGCCCCACCCUCAGCAGCAGCCCCCCUGUGCUCUGCAACCCUAAGUCUGUGUUAAAGAGACCUGUCACGUCAGAGGAACUCCUGACACCUGGGGCUCCCUAUGCUAGGAAGACAUUCACGAUCGUGGGUGAUGCUGUCGGCUGGGGCUUCGUGGUGCGAGGAAGCAAGCCAUGCCACAUCCAGGCUGUGGACCCCAGUGGCCCUGCCGCUGCGGCGGGAAUGAAGGUGUGCCAGUUCGUGGUCUCGGUCAAUGGGCUCAAUGUACUGCACGUGGACUACCGGACCGUGAGCAAUCUGAUUCUGACCGGCCCACGGACAAUUGUCAUGGAGGUGAUGGAGGAGCUGGAGUGCUGAGCAGGCGCACCCCGGCCCCCCGACCCCCUGAAUGGCCGGGGCAGCACAGAGCAAUGCAAGGUGAAGACCUCCUCCCACUGGCCGCCUGUGGACAGACAGACAAGUGUUUUCUCUGCACAUCCACAUCUGAGUCUGAGUUGAUACACUGUUUGAAGGUGGAAGACCCGGGUAAUGCAUUUUUCAAAAAGAAAAAGAAAAACACGACUUAUGUCAGUGUAGAAAAAAAAUGGAGAAACAGAAUUUUCUUGCAAGGUAGAAUCGCCUUACUUGACUUCUCUUGGUAGUUCGCCUUGUUUUUUUUUUUUUUUUUUUUUUUUUUUUUUUCCAAUCUUAGUGCACAGAAAAUUGUUGAAAAACCUCUCUAGCUCAAACAGCCGCAUGCUACAAUCUCCUUAGGAGUCUACAGACUAGUUAUCACAGACUUCGAGGUGGCUUCUCACCAAGAUUAGCUGUUUAUAAGAGACUACAGAGUUCACCAAGCUUCAAAUUAAAGCAACAUCCAAAAUGUUAUAUGUUAAGGAAGAUCUUACGAAGGUUUUAAAGCCUUCAACUGCUUAAAAGCCAUCAAAAAAAUUACUUUCUUAAUUCCUGUCUUUCGUAUCAACUUUUAAAAUAUUUUCAAUGAUGGUAUUACUUAAAAAACAAAAACUUUCUGAUGAUGUGGGUAGGGUAGAUAGGGAGAAAAUAUUUGAAAUGGUUUGUUCUGUUUUCUCUUUCUGGGUCUACAUUAUUUGGUUUCAUCAAUCACCGGGAGCAGCUUUCCAGAAUUAAUCUGAGUUAAAUGUCAAAUCAGAGAAGGUUGUACAUACACAUGUAAAUUCAAAGUCAAGCCUUCUGGCAAGAUUUCACUUUGAAGUUGGCCCUUUUGAAGUGAAGUAUUCUAGAACUUGGCCCAUAUGUGACAAAACUUGAAACUCUAAAUUGCCUAAUUGGCCUGAAUUUUUACUAGCUGUCUAGUGUACCAUGUUCUAAUUACAUGAAAUGCUGCUUAUUUGGUGGGAAUUUUUCCCCCCGAAUCACUCUCUUAUGUUGUGACUUUUCAGCUCACUUGUCUAUAUGCAUAUAUGCAUUUUUGUUUGUUUGUUUUUUGGUCUAGUAAAGAAUGCAUUUGGGGAUGUGGUUUGUAGAGAAAAUUCCUCAAAGUGCCAAAUCAGGGUAUCAGAGAACGCAAAAUCCCUUAUAAUUUAAAUAAUGCAUUCUGACUUAUAUCAUGUGUUAAAAGAACAUAUGAAUGUUGUACCUCAGCCAUUUUUGUGAUAGGUUAUCAUGUUGGUACUGGUAGAAUGGACAUACCAUGCUAAAGAUGUGACGUAUAUGUUUGGGUGAUCCAGCCUUUCUGAUCUGUAGUUUUAGUCAGAGACUAGGAUUCUGAAAUAAUCGAGACCGCCCAAUGUUACAUUUGAAAAGAGCAUCGCCUCUGUAUGUAUGUGUGUUUAUACUGUUUUCCAGGCUCUGUGCUAUGACAUUUAACAUAUAGGAUAUUGUUAAUCCUCAACACAAGCCUGAGGGGUCAGUAUUAUCACCCUCAUUUUUCAGAUAUGGAGAUAAAAUCUGAGCAAGUUUGCAAAUGGCCUCUAAGUUCACACCCCUGCAAGAAUUACUCCAUGACAGAACCCGGAUUCAAACACGGGUUUAUGUCAUGCUAAAGCCCAUGUUACUCCACCUCUGCCCCUGCCCAUUUAGGGACCUCCUGUGGAGGCUUUUGCUGUACCAGAUGCUCUGCUAAAACUACAUGUUACUUCUCCUUUAUAACCUGUAGGGUCCUAUGCUCAUUGUGCCCAUUUCCAAGUUAAAGACCCUGACUCCUGAAGAACUUGUACUCGAGGCCAAGCAAGUAGUAAGUGGGAAACCUCACCAUUCAGCAUUUUAAGUUAUUUUUUGAAACAUCUUUAAAAGAUGAGUCUUAAAUGCUUUCUGUCCCCAGGUAUUCAUUCAUUGACAAAAGAAGAGAAGACACACUUCUGGGGAGUGUUAUCUUCCCACAUGCUCCUUGUACAUUUUACUCACAUCCUAAUAUCCCUUCUUGGGGACCCUGGCAUAAUACCCCUUUGGCAAUCUGAGCACCAGAGAGCGCCUGUCUGUCUGUUCCACACAGCUCCAUGCCUGUGAGAGUUCUUUGACCUAGAGAGUAUGUUGAUAUCUUUGAUCAAAUGAAUAUUGAGGUGGAGGAAGGAAGGAAAGAAGAAAGGAAGGGAGAAAAGGAGAAAGGGAGUGGAAAGAGAAGUGAUAGGGGGAGAGAGAGAGGAGAGGAAGGAAGAAGUGGAGGGAUGAAUUAUUUGCUCCUUGGCUGCCAUUACCCUCAGGCCCCUUGCCAGAGAAUUCUACUUAAGGUCCAGAGCAUGUGGCCUUAGCGACCCCUCCAGCCUACCUCUGACACUGUCAAACUAUAACUGAAAUGAGUGCUCCCUAUAAUCAUCACACGUAUACUUUAAGUAUCUUACAUUUUAAUUAUCAACUAUACUUCAAUAAAGCUGAGGGGGAAAAAUGAAAGACCUUCUCCUGCUCCCCAAGGAGACCCAUCUAGCUCCCCCAGCCUUUGCAUUUGCAGUUUCUCCUCCCUGCAAUAUCCUUCUUUGCCGGAAAUGCCCCCCACCCCCACCCCCAGAAAUCUUUGCCAACUCCCUAGCUCUAGGAUUGAUGCCCCUUCUUUAAGUUCUCAUGGAUGGACCCUGAUGCACCAGUUCUCUGGGGUCGGCCAUAGCACCACAGACACUUGCUCUGAGACUGUGCUGUCCACACCCAUCUCCAUAACUGCAUCUGCACAACAGACACUGUCGGUGCCCUGUGAACCACAGCAGCCCUUCACCUAGAAGUUCCUGACAGAGUAGUAGGGGUCCACUACCCCAUUGCUCUUCCAGGAACCGCCCCCAAAAUGUGCUAUACCAACACUGGUUUUUUGCUGGGGAUCCCAGGGGUGAACAGUCCGGGUAGAAUUCUGCCUGGAGGAUCCUCUUCACUCCACAUAUUUCUGUGGUCAAUUAGCAGGUCAGCUGGGGGUUGACUUGGGAUGAUUUCAAACAGGGGUCCCCCAAGAGUGCUUGGAAGAUUAUUGCUGUAGCAAUUUGUUGGCAAAAUCACAAAACUAGCCCACAACCAAGAGGUGGGGAAACAAGACUCCUUUUUUAUAGGAGGAGCUACAAAGAAUGUGUGGCCAUUUUUAAUCUACGUACUCACUGUUUUUUGAAUAAAUGACCAAGAAAUAGCCUGGUUAUGAAAAGACUUCAGCUAUCUAGAUGCGAGUUACUGACCAACCUCUGGGUAGCAGCCUAGUGUGAAGUUGUGAAUGAAGCCUUGUGCUUCUUGACAACUCCAAAGUCAAAAUCUUAAAAUAGAGGCUAACAGAGUACAGAGCUGUCUUCUUCCCCUCUGGAUGGUGAGGACACUUCAGGUAACCCAAACUCUCCAGGGACCUGUUGUCGAGCAGAGCAGUGCAUAGUGUUUUGUGUUUUUUUUUUUUUUUUGGGUGGGGGGUGCGGUAAAAAUAGACUGUGGACUUUUGUGGACUCAUUACAUGCAGGUGAUGGCCUGACCCUGUGAAGGUCAAGGGCAGAUGAUCUAAUUGAUUCAAGACUUGGGUGGUUAAGUCACAUCACAUACAAGAAUAAGUAUUUUGUGUAAUAUUUCAACAGUUGCUUCAACUAUUAAAAAUAUUCUCUCUUAAAUGUAGCACCAAGAUGUAGUCUACAUUAGCAAUAAGCAAUAUUUCUAAGAGCUUUUAUUUCAUGUCUGUGUCUGUGUGUGUCUGUGUAUUGUAUGUGAGGUUUAACUCACUGAGAAUCUCUGCAAUGGCUUGCUUUGUUUUCACAGAGCAUACUUUUGAAUUUUUAGGUGUUUGUGUAAGUUUUAGUGAUGGAAAUGGGAGUAGGUUUUGUUUCUUCAUUAGCAUAGUAUGUGAUAUCAGUGCAAAUUUAAAAGCCAUGUUUGCUAAUUCUGCUGUAGAGGAAAAAAUGCAAUUGACUUUUGGGUUGGUAUUAUUAUCUGAUGUUUUGCUAGUAAUCUCUAUAAAAUAAUUGUAUAAACUGAUAAAGGGACUAGUUGAGAAAUGGAUAACUUGAAGAUAUCCAUGUUUGAGUAGAUUAGAUGUGAUCAACUUCACACUAUCCUAUAAAAUUCAUCGGAGUAGUAAUUGAUUUAAAAAUCACUGUUUUCAAUUCAAAAUAGUUUCACAUUUCCAAAUACUUCUUUCUUUUGAAUAUAUGUGAGAAUAAUCUGCUUUUAGGAUCUGUUUUAACUAAUGAUAUUAGUUAUUCUCUCCUAUUGAAGGUUGAUCCUGUUUCAUUUUGAUUGUAAAUGAUCAAGUAAGUCUAGAACAUUUCAGUUUUAUUGACUGUUUAGUCUAUUGAUGCCAUUGACCGUGGUUUUACUCAUUUAAGAUAGACUUUCUAGUGUAAUGUUUUUCUUCAGUUCAAUACCAAAAAGACAAAUCUGCAGUGUGCCAAAAUGAAGUUCAUCAAAGUUAGCAUAUAGUAUUGUCAUCUGCACUAAUAUAUGUGUUUAAUAUGUUUGUUUUUAAAUUCUGUUGAAAUUUAUUUUCUCCCCUUCUUAAAAAUUGUAGCCAGUGCUUAAAAUUAUCAUGUGAAAAUAGAUCAUAGAGCAUGAAAUAAAUGUUAAAAAUGUAAAACAAUGACUUUAGGAUUUCAGCUUUCCUAACUUUUAGAACAAAUUAGCCAUUUUUUGAUCCUGAAAGGGUUGUAUUGUGAAGAUGAUCUACCGACCUGAGAAAACACUCAAAACUCCUCUAAUUCUCUAAUGUAGCCCAAAGUGCCAUUUGUAAAACUAUGGAUGUUUUCUCAACCUCUUUUGCUUGAAAACAAAAGUGCAUUAAAAGUUUUUUCUUUAUUGUGUUUGAUUUGGGAUCAUUUUUCUGUACUCAUUCCAGUAUUGACGAGAGUUAGGAAAUAGUCUACUUGCAAAAUCCUGUGUGGUUGUUUACCACACUGGGAAAACUUUUCUUUUUAACUAAUUAAGAAAUCAAUUACAUAUUUCAAUAUUUGCAGAGGGCAAGAUAAAGCCUGGGCAUUAGUGGUUAUUCACACUAUAUUCAAUAUUAACCAAAAGAACUUGAUGUUUUCUCUCAUUUAUUAACUCAUUCCUUCAAGAAACCUCACUGACUUUCCACAUGUAGCUGGAAACUACAUGUAGUUUCUAGAAAAUUAAAACUGGAUAGGCACAACCCUGGCUGGAUCCAGGUCAGCUUUCAAGGAAGUCACCUUUCAGCCUGCCUCCUAGAAGUCUUCCCUCCAUAGAAAAGGGGGAAUAUGAAACCAUCUUGUUGAAGCAGAUGGUUUAACACCACAAACCACCAUCCAAUCCAAAAACCUGAAAACCGACAACUUAUAUUUAGUUGUAUUCUUCCCAAUCCUGUUCCCCACUUUCCCUUACCCAAGCUAAUGACAAUGGUGAAUGUUACAUUUACCAUUCUCUUGUUCUUUUUGAUCUUAAUAUUGAUUGGGUUUUUUCAAUGGAUUUUAUUAAAA